UACAACCAUGUUCAUUCAAAAGAAUUCAAACAGUAAAACAUGGCUGUGAUUAAACUUUUACUGGUGUGUGGUAUUUUCUACACAGCUUAUGGUCGUGAAUUUCAAUUGUUAAAUAACUAUGGAGAGACAGUUUGGGUUGGAAUUCAAGGAAAUGAUGGCAAAGAUCCACUAGAAGGGGGUGGUGUUGAAUUAAGUUCUGGACAACAAGUAUCAAUAAACAGUGAUGAGAGUUGGGCAGGUCGGUUUUGGCCAAGGACUGGAUGUAAUGGUGAAACAUGUGAAACAGGUGAUUGUGGUAAGGGUUUAAAAUGUGGAGGAAAUGGUGGUGCACCUCCAGUCAGUUUGGCUGAAAUUACAUUAAUGGGAGCCGGUGGACUUGAUUUUUACGAUGUAUCAAAUGUUGAUGGUGCAAAUAUUCCAAUUGCUAUGGAACCAGUAGGAGGUGAUCCUGAUGGAAGUCAAUACAGUUGUAAAAGAGCAGCUUGCUCUCAUGAUUUCCGUGAAGACUGUCCAGAUGAAUUACGACAAACAAUAGAUGACCGUACUGUUGGAUGCAAAUCAGCAUGUUUAGCAUUUGAUACUGAUCAAUAUUGUUGUCGUGGUCAAUAUGACAAACCAGAAACAUGCAAAUCCAGUGACUUUCCACAAGAUUAUCCAAAAUUCUUUAAGGAUCGUUGCCCUGAUGCUUACAGCUAUGCUUACGAUGAUAACAAAAGUACAUUUACUUGUAAUGCUCCAGCUUAUUUAAUUACAUUUGGUUAAAACUAAGAUGUUUCAUUACCAAAAAUUAAUAUGAGAUUCAUAUGAGAAUAAUAAAUUUUAAC